AUGUAGGGAUGCAAUAGAUCGUAAAAAAUCGCCAUCUGUACAGUUGGUUUGCCAGCUCGAGGAAAAACGUAUAUUUCUCGGAAAUUGAAUCGUUAUUUUAAUUGGUUGGGCUACAAGAGUAGAGUAUUUAUAAAUGGGAAUUACAGAAGAGAAAUAUGCGGUACGGAAUGCAAUUCACAAUUUUUUGAUCCCCACAAUGAGACAGCUUAAAAAGCAAGGAGUGAUUGUGCAAAAAUGGCAUUACAAGAUUUAAUAUAAUUUCUUAAGAAUGGAGGAGAUGUAGGAAUACUUGACGGAACAAACAUCACAAGGGAAAGAAGACUCUAGAUUGAGAGUGAUUUGAAACAGUCUUUUAAUGGAAUUCAAACUCUGUGGAUCGAAUCCAUAUGUAAUGAUUCCAAAGUGAUUUAAAAUAAUAUCCGACUGACUAAAAUCAACAACCCAGAUUACUGCAAUGUGAACUCUGAUGAGGCUACAAUAGAUUUCCUGAAUAGAAUCAAGAUGUACGAGCAAAUCUAUGAAACUAUAACAGACGAUGAGAAUCUCUCAUACAUCAAGACUAUUAACGUCGGAGCAGACAUUAUAGUUCAUUAAGUCUAUGGCUUUCUGUUGUCCAAGAUCGUAUCCUUUAUUAUGAAUCUCCACACCUAUCCGAGACCAAUCUACUUAUCCAGACAUGGAGAGAGCCAGUACAAUGUUGAUGAUAGAGUAGGAGGGGAUUCCGAUUUAUCUGAGUUAGGCGAGAUGUAUGCAGACAAGUUGGCAGAUUUUUUCUUUAAAGAGUUCCCAACUAAAGAAACGAAAAAUGAAAUUAUUUUCUUUACAUCCACAAUGCGAAGAGCUAUUCAUACAUCUGAUGUUGUGGCUAGUAAAUUAGAUAUUUAACCAUUGCAAUUAAAGACAUUAGAUGAAAUCAAUGUAGGAAUAUGUGAUGGAAUGACAUAUACUGAAAUUGCAUAGAAAUUUCCCAGUGAUUUUUAAGAAAGGAAAAUCAAUAAAUUAGGUUAUAGAUAUCCAAGAGGAGAAUCAUAUUUAGAUUUAAUUAGCAGAAUCGAACCAGUGAUAUUUGAGAUUGAAAGAUCUAGACAACCAGUUAUGAUAAUAGCUCAUUAAGCAAUUUUAAGAUGUUUAUAUGCUUACUUUCAUCAAAAUGAGAUACCAGAAGUACCCACUCUGGAUAUACCAUUGCAUUGUGUAAUAAAAUUGACUCCGGCUGCCUACUUUUGCGAUGAAAAAAGAGUGCUGAUCAACCCUUAAACUGGGGAAAUCUCAAUUAAGGAAGAAUAUGUAUAAGAAUUUGUGAGAUCAAAGAGCAAAUAGAAGAGCUUUAUUGAUUUAUGAUUAGAUUCAUCAAAUGUUAAUGGAGUGAUCAUCAUUCAUAAUAAUAUAUUUUAUUUAUAUAUUAUGUGAAAA